GGGCAGUGCUGGCUGGGUGUGGCUGAUACAUUAUGUAGGAGCUUGAGGCUUGUUUGCUGCUCUGUGCUUGACUCUGGUCUCAGUGUGUGAGAGGUUUAGGUUUUCUCAGUGUGUGUGAGGUUAAGGUUUUCUCAGUGUUAGUGUGUGUGUGUGUGUGUGAAGAGUCUUUGGUUUCAGGCAGGGCCAGAGACGCGCGUGUAACUGGAAACCAAGGUCUCUUUCUCCGCUGUCACACACUCGCCUACUUUCCAUUCACUCCCAAACUGAGGAGUCGGCGGGUUCCGGAAAGAGAGAAGAGCUAACAGACGCACUAGGGGUUUGGAAGAAAGGAUUUAUUUCCAAAGUCCCCUAACAGGCGGCACAUGGGUUAAUAACAAAGGAGUUCGAAGGAAAGGAGCACCAUCAUCUUGGACGUGAGGCGGCAGGUUAAAUGGCUGAUCUCUCGUGAUUCCUUCCUUCCAAACUUGGGUUUCAUCAUCUGGAUAAAUAAAAACAUUUCACCAAAAUGGCAGUUACAACCAUCCAAGUGCUGAUUGGCCUGGCAUUAUGUUCAGCCUGUGUUACAGGAAUGCCACAAGCAAGAGUUUUUCUGACAUUCAAUGACCUUCAGGAAACUAAAACCUCUGAAUACUACAGUAUAUCCCAGAAUCCAUUAGAUUACAGGAUUUUAUUCAUGGAUGAGGAUCAAGACAGAAUCUAUGUUGGCAGCAAGGAUCAUAUUUUGUCUUUGAAUAUUAACAAUAUAAGCCACGAUCCUCUAAGUGUUUUCUGGCCUGCUUCUACUAGCAAAGUUGAAGAGUGCAAGAUGGCUGGCAAAGAUCCUACACAUGGCUGUGGAAACUUUGUGCGUGUAAUUCAGAAUUUCAACCGAACACAUUUGUAUGUAUGUGGCAGUGGUGCAUUCAGCCCUGUUUGCACGUAUAUCAAUAGAGGCCGUAGGUCUGAGGAUCGUAUUUUUGCAAUUGAUUACAAGAAUGAAUCAGGCAAAGGACGCUGCUCUUUUAACCCCAAAGUGAACACGGUUUCGGUUAUGAUUAAUGAAGAGCUGUUUUCUGGAAUGUAUAUAGACUUCAUGGGCACUGACUCGGCCAUAUUCAGAAGUCUCACGAAACGUAAUGCAGUCAGAACAGAUCAGCACAACUCAAAAUGGCUGAGUGAGCCAAUAUUUGUGGAUGCGCAGCUACUUCCAGAUGGAACAGAUCCUAAUGAUGCAAAGGUUUAUUUCUUCUUGAAGGAGCGCCUGACUGAUAACAGUGGGAGCACGAAGCAAAUACAUUCCAUGAUAGCAAGAGUCUGCCCUAAUGAUAUUGGUGGACAAAGAAGUCUUGUUAACAAAUGGACUACAUUUUUGAAAGCUAGACUGGUGUGCUCAGUGAUGGAUGAUGACGGAACAGAAACCUAUUUUGAUGAAUUAGAGGAUGUAUUUCUAAUGGAAACAGACAACCCUCGGACUACACUUGUGUAUGGAAUUUUCACAACAUCAAGUUCUGUAUUUAAAGGAUCUGCAGUUUGUGUUUACCACAUGUCAGACAUACAAACUGUAUUUAAUGGACCUUUUGCACACAAAGAGGGUCCAAAUCACCAACUGAUACCAUACCAGGGUAAAAUUCCAUACCCAAGGCCUGGUACGUGUCCCGGAGGUGCGUUCACCCCAAAUAUGAAAUCAACCAAAGAGUUUCCAGAUGAUGUUGUAACCUUUAUAAGGAAUCACCCUCUUGUGUUCAACUCUAUCUAUCCAAUGCUUAGGAGACCACUUCUUAUAAGGACGGGAACCGAGUACAAGUUUACGAAAAUAGUUGUAGAUAGAGUAAAUGCAGCAGAUGGGAAGUACCAUGUCUUAUUCCUUGGAACAGACAAAGGGACUAUUCAGAAGGUGGUUGUUGUUCCUGCUAAUGGUUCAGCAAGUGGAGAACUCAUCCUGGAAGAAAUGGAAGUUUUUAAGAGUCAUGCUCCUAUAACUUCCAUGAAGAUUUCUUCAAAAAAGCAACAACUUUAUGUAAGCUCAGAAGAAGGCAUUAUCCAAUUGUCUUUACAUCGCUGCCACAUUUAUGGCACUGCCUGUGCUGACUGUUGUCUUGCCAGGGACCCAUAUUGUGCGUGGGAUGGAAAGUUUUGUACCAGAUUUUAUCCAUCAGGAAAAAGGAGAAGUCGAAGACAAGAUGUGAAGCAUGGGAACCCAGUUACCCAGUGUCGUGGAUUUAAUUUAAAAGAAUAUAGGAACACUGCAGAAAUUGUUCAGUAUGGGGUUAGAAACAACACAACUUUCCUGGAGUGCAUUUCUAAGUCUCCACAGGCUUCUGUCAAGUGGUUGCUGCAGAAAGAUAAUGAUCGGAGGAAAGAGGUAAAAUUAAAUGAAAGGAUCAUUGCUACUGGUCAAGGACUCUUUAUUCGCUCUGUCCAGGAAACAGAUCAAGGUGUUUACCAUUGUGUUGCUACAGAAAACACAUUCAAGCAGACAAUAACCAAGGUUAAUUUGAAAGUUCUAGAGCCAGAGCUAGUCACAUUCAUGACUGACAAAUCUCAGUGGCUUUGGGCCAGCACUUUGAGUGGAAUGCAGUUCCAUCCAAAAGAUCUUACAGGUGCAUUCAGUCACUCGGAAAUGCAAAUAAUUAACCAGUACUGCAAAGAGAGUCGGCAAAAAACCCGACAAGAAGCAGAAAUUCCGAAAAUGAGAGGGGACUAUAGCAAGUUAAAGGUUCUAUUGAACACCAGAAAAAGUAGAAAUCGAAGAAAUCAUUUCCCUGGAUCUUAGGCCUGCAAGUUUCCUUGUUUAUGGCAACACUAUAUUUUUGUUUAUUAAAACUAUUGUAAGUGGAAAUACUUAAUCUUAUAGACCAUGGGAUAUUUAUAAGCACAACAGCUAUUGAAUAAACAUCUCGGAAUGUUCUUUUAUACCUACAGUAAUUUGCUUGGCCCUGAAGCAUCCAACUCAACACCAACUCCUUAACCUUAUUUAUUAGAUUAUUGUAUUUAGGUAGAAAAUAAAGUGAAUUUCCAGUAUUUUUGUCUAAAUAUA